CCAGGCCGCGGUAACCGGGCUCCGUCCGGCGCUGCUGCUGCCGGCUCCCGCCGCUUGGGAGGCCGCAAAUGCCCCGCACACAGCGCUCCGGGCUCCGGGCUCCGGUAUGCGCGGUGCAGCAGGGAGCGCGGGGCGGGUAGCGGCGGGGGGAGGGCAGAGGAGGAAAGCGGCAGGGAGCUGAGGAGCAGAGGCGGGCGCCGCACCUCCCCGCGCUCCGCGCGCUCGCUCGCUCGCUCACUCUGGAGACGCGCAGGAGGCCGCUUGGGCGUACCAGUCGGGUCACCUUGUCCCAGAGGAGAAAUGGGCCUCCUGAGGCCAGUGUGACGUGCAAGUCUGGCCACCAACCUGCCACUAGCCUGGGAGGAGGACCAUGGAUGGCAUUAUUGAGCAGAAGAGCGCAUUGGUGCACAGUAAAAUCAGCGAUGCUGGCAAGAAGAACGGCUUAAUUAAUACCAGAAAUUUCAUGGCCGAGAGCAGGGAUGGGCUGGUGUCUGUUUACCCAGCUCCCCAGUACCAGAGCCACCGUGUGGUGGCCAGCACUGUGCCGGCUGUCCUGGACAGCAGCAGGAAUGAGCCUGUGCAGCAGCUGCUGGACCCCAACACCCUGCAACAAUCGGUGCAGCCCCACUCCCGGGCCAACAUCAUCCUGUACUCAGAGGGCCUGCUGCGCUCCUGGGGCGAUGGUGUGGCCACUGACUGCUGUGAGACCACCUUCAUCGAGGACCGGUCCCCCACUAAAGACAGCCUGGAGUACCCUGAUGGGAAGUUCAUUGACCUGUCCACCGAUGACAUCAAAAUCCACACGCUGUCCUACGAUGUGGAGGAGGAGGAUGAGUUCCAAGAGCUGGAGAGUGACUACUCCAGUGACACUGAGAGUGAGGACAACUUCCUCAUGAUGCCGCCUCGGGACCACCUGGGCCUCAGCGUCUUCUCCAUGCUCUGCUGCUUCUGGCCUCUGGGCAUCGCCGCCUUCUACUUGUCCCAUGAGACUAACAAAGCCAUGGCCAAGGGGGACUUGCACCAGGCCAGCACCAGCUCCCGGCGGGCCCUGUUCCUGGCCGUGCUGUCCAUCACCAUCGGGACUGGCGUCUAUGUGGGUGUGGCCGUGGCCCUCAUCGCCUACCUCUCCAAGAACAACCACCUGUGAGCUUCCUACAGGCACAGGACAGAGGCACAGCUGGGUCUGUGGGGCGGAGGCCAUGGGGCUAGCUGGGCAGAUGCUGCAUGAUGCUCAUUCUACAGACCAUUGCUGAGCAAUGCCAGGAAGCCCUGGGAUCUUCUGCCAGUCUCUUUUGUUUUUACCUGUUAAUUUCAUUUUCACAGCACUGUGUAGAGCUCCAGACAGAUGGGCACUGCUAGUCCUUCCAAAGGGAAGCUCCAAAGAUCUUGACCCUCAAGGCUGUCUCUGGAUGGAAUCUGGUGGGUUAAAGAUGACGCAGCUCUCUCCCCAGUGCCACCACAUUAGCAAUAUACAAACAGCAAAAAUAGCUUUUAUUUUUAUGGAAUAUGGUGCAAUCGGCAGAGGAAAGGGGACACAUCACUCCUCUGGUCGUGGCCCUGCUUGAGUCCUUCGUGUCCUCCCGGUCCACGCACCUUCCCUGUAAGAAGAGAACAGGGCUGAGGAGGAGGUGACAGCCCACUGCUGGCCAGACCCCAGCUGCCCUGGCCUGCCAAUGGGCCCAACCUGAGAGCCAGCCUGGGAUGGGACCUGCCUGCACCCCACAUGCCGCCCAGCCUACAGUGCCAGCCUCCCCCAGGACAUGCCCACACCCAGCAGCUCACCCGCAGCAGUACACGGUUCUGGGACCUUGCUGAUCUAGGACAGGGUGGCAGGCCCAGCCUCCUGCAAGACUCCUCAAGGACAAGCCCCCAGUUGCUCCAGAAACCCCAGGCAGUGGUGCUGUGGGCAUCCCUCAGUGUAAAGAAAUGAGCGUGCUGCAAAAGAACUGCCGCAGUGGAUGCACACCUGGUCACAAGCAGUGACAUAAGUGAUCCCAGAAACGAGAUGGGCCUUACUCUGUCCACUAAAUGAAUAGCUAUUUUCUUGUCAUUUUUUUAAGUGCAACUCUUGCUUCCUGCUGCUUAAAUUAUCAGACAAACGCUGAGGAAUAAGUAAUCACAGGCAUUUUAAUAGCAUUUCAUUGCUGUUUUACGAGUGUUCAUUACUUAACAAAAAUUAU